AUGGGCGAAGAUGACUGUUUGUAUCUCAAUUUGGCCACUAAUUCCUUAUCGGGAAAAAAACCUGUAAUGGUUUGGAUUCACGGCGGAGAAUUUUCUGCUUCUUCGGGGGAUUUAGACUCUUUUGGUCCAGAUUAUUUGCUUAAACACGAUAUAGUCUUUGUUUCGAUUAAUUACCGACUUGGCAUAUUUGGUUUUCUGAAUAUGGAGUUAGAAGAAUGUCCAGGAAAUGAGGGAUUGAAGGACCAAGUUUUUGCUCUGAAAUGGAUUCAACAAAAUAUAGAAUCAUUCGGAGGCGAUAAGGAGAAUGUAACUAUUUUUGGAGAGAGUACCGGAUCUGCACCAGUUCAUUAUCAUUGCAUUUCCCCCCUUACUACAGGACUUUUUCAAAAAGCAAUUUGCCAAAGUGGUGUUGUCAUUAAUUUUUGGGCUUUCCAAGAUAGAAAUAAGGACUUUGCCUUUGAAAUAACUUCUGCAUUAGGGAAGAAAACAUCCGACCCAAUCGAAGCUGUGAGAUUUUUGCGCACAGUGGCAUCUCAAAAAGUUUUAGAAACACAAAUGAAAGUGCCCUUCAUGAAUUCAACCAUAUUCAACAUUCCAUUUUUACCAACUCUGGACACAAAAAGUUCCAAUCCGUUUUUACCUCGACCAUUGGCUGAUUUAUUAAAAGAAGACAUUAAAGUUCCUUUGAUAAUUGGCUAUAAUAGCCACGAAGGAAUGAGAUUCACUGGUAUUACCUUUGAGUUUAAAUAA